UUGCAGCCUUAUUCAAACGCAAUAUCAGCAGUCAAAAGCGCAUGCUUCAAAUACGACGACCUAGUAUGGCGGGAUCCGAACGCACUCACGAGAAGGAUCUUCCCCGAUAAUGGCCUGACCCUGUGGGGUGAUCCAGAAAUAGCCAACGCGCGACCAAUUCGUCGUUGGCUUGUGAAUGAAGGAGAAGACGAAUCUAUCGAGGAGGCCUUAGCUAGAAAUCCACGUCUGGAGAGUGACGAGGAGGACGCGAGCAAGUUCGAAAGUGGAGAUACCUCUAAUCGCUGGCCUUUUCCGUUCCCGAGGCCGACAGCGAAAGGAAUUGUGACAGGGUGGAUAGAAAUCACUCCCAAAGAGGGUCAAGACGGUAUAAGUUCCUUCCCUCAAGUGAGUAACGCCGAGGCUGUACUGUCCUCCACGCCAGUCCGUUCAACUGAAUUCGGCACUUCUGCCAACAUCGACAGCUAUACUUACGAAUUGCCUGGGCUCCAAGACAAGCCGCAGUUUACAGUAUCUCGUUUCAUCAAUCGGUUACGUUCGGAUGCAUCAGAACUCCAAGCUAUUGCAAUGGAUCUACAGCAUGUGAUCAGUCAAAUAAAAGAUGGAAGCAUUUCAAACGAGCAAAUAGAGCGUUACAUGUUCCAAUUUGAAGAGGUAUUGAUCAUUCUUUCUACCAAUAAAUUACAUUUUUGA